CAGAACCAAGAUCCAAUGGAGCACAGUCGGUUUCAGUCAUUAACCUCACACCGGAUACCAACCCAAAAACAUUCCUCAACACCGGAUCUAAACUCUCACCGAACAAAUCCUCACAAAAAACCCUUUGAAUAGAAACCCUAGUUUCUCCAGAACCCAAGCAACCGAAGAAGUUGUUUUCUCCAACACUCACACAAGAUCAAUCACUCUAAAAUCGUGAUAGAUCACCGUGGAAACAACCGGAGAUCAUCGGAGAAGAACAUCACAGAAGGGAAUCACAACAAACGCAAGAGAGCAGAGAGAGAGUGAGAGAGUGUAGAAUGUGAGGCAGUGAGGGAGUGGAGAGGGGGUAUAUCAACAGCCAAUUGGACUAGGGCAAGCACAGGUCCAAUUCACAUUACCCGGGCCAUUUAAUACCCAGGCCCAAAUAAUAGUUCACCACACAAUAGCCCAAUAUAACCAACACCACAGCAAGUGGCAAAAGAGAGAAUCUAUGCCAUCAUCUCAUAGGCAAUAGACAAACCCACCAUCACUUUCAAAGGAAACCCCACCUUCUUCAAAUGGCCUUUCCUCACCAUCAACAACCGCUAUUUUCACAACCAACAAUAUAAUAUUACUACGAAGAAACUUGCCAUUGCCCAUGUGGGCCCCCUCAGAGUUCAUGUGAGCACACAUCCCUACACACACAAUCAUUGAUCCCCUUUCAUCAUCACUUCACAAGAUUUCAUUGUACUACUUAUUUGCAUAAUCCCAUCAUUCUUCUUCUUGUUGGUUUUACGAUGUGGAGCAAUCUCCCAAUUGAUCUCCUCGCCAACAUCUUCUCCUACCUCCCCCCGGACUCCCUGGCCCGGGCCCGCGCCGCCUGCAAAGGCUGGCGCGCGACGGCCGAGUUGGCGGUUCCACGGAAUCGCCACCCACCGUGGUUCCUGGCGUUGUCGGCCCGCAGUUGGGGCCUUACUUCCUGCUACGCCCACAACCCGGUCGAGGACAGCUGGCACGAGAUGGAUCUCGAUCGGGGUGGUGCUAGCCCGCCGCCGCUGAAGCCGAUCGCGGCCAUCGGCGGCUUGAUCCUCAUGAAGCUCGCCUCCGCGACUCGGCUCCAGCUGGCGAUCUGCAACCCCUUCACCGCCCAAUUCAGAGCCCUCCCCGCCCUCCGCGUCGCCCGGACCAAUCCGGCGGUCGGGGUGGUGGAGCCGCCGGGCCGCCGGAGCUUCAGAAUCUACGUGGCCGGAGGGAUGUCGGAGGCCGGCGGGGCUUACGAGCCGACCGUGGAGGUGUACGACUUCGCCGCCGCCGCCGGCGAGUGGCGGGUGGCGGGGGAGAUGCCGGUGGAAUUCGCGGUGAGGCUGACGGUUUGGACGCCGAAAGAGAGUGUUUACUCCGGCGACGGCGUGCUGUAUUGGAUGACGUCGGCGCGGGCGUAUAGCGUGAUGGGGUUCGACAUUUCGUCGAACAGGUGGCGGGAGGUGGCCGUGCCGAUGGCGGACAGGCUGGAGUUUGCGGCGCUGGUGCGGAGGGAGGGGAAGGUGGCGGUGGUGGGGGGGACGUCGGGAGGAGGCGGGCGUGUGUGGGAGCUGGGCGGCGGAGAUCGAUGGGGGGUGGUGGAGGAGGUGCCGGUGGAAUUGGGGAUGAGAUUGUUGGGGGAGGAGAUGAAUUGGGGGUGUGUGAAGUGUGUGGGGAUUGAUGGGAUGAUAUGUUUGUAUAAGGAUCUUGGCUCUGGUAUUAUAGUUUGGAGUGAUGGAAAAUGGGAUUGGAUUCAUGGAUGCUCUUCCCUUCCUAGUAUCCCAAUCAAGGGAAUCUUGCUUCUACCCGAUCUUGCAAGAUCGGCAUGUUCGAUUUGAUAGAUUAAAUAUGAUUCAGUUUCGUGAAUAUUGUUCGAUCUUGUAGUUAUAGUCCAAUGCAUAAUCUUACAAUAGAAAAAGGAUUUUUUUUUUCUAUA